CGUAUAUAGUUCAAGACGAAAAUAGAGCAUUUACUCAAAAUAUUAUAAUUAUACAAUUAUAUUAUUAUUAUUAUUCUAUAUAUAAAAACAACUCACCAUAAAAGAAAAAAAAAAAUUCCCCCCUCAGAAAUUUCAACACACACACAGAAAAAAAAAAACUACCUACCUACUAAAUCACAACCAAAGACGAAAUCAAAGUCUCCAAAUUUCUCAUAAUUUUCUUCAAAAAGACAACAAAUUCUACCAAACAAAAACAAAAAAAAAAAUCUUGAAUGUUAGUUACCAUUUUCCAACUUUGUCACCCGUCACGUGCCUAGCACGUGCCACUCAGAUCUUCAUCUGGCUUCUACCGGAGACACUUUCCGGCGACAUCUUUCACCUUCCUUGAUAAUGGGUUUGAGCCCAAUUGUGGUAUCCGGGUCCGGGUCGGGUCGAAUAGCCCGACCCAACAAGAUCAAGAAUGAUGUUCCUUGUGUUGCCUCUUCUGGUUUUGUGUUCUUGAUUUUGGCUUGUGUGAGUUUGGGAUUGGUUUCUGGGAUAUAUGUGAAGUUUAUUAUGACCCCAAAUGUUCAUGCUAGUGUUUCAGAGAUUGGUUGUAAGGUGGAUGAUGAAGGUUCUUGGGCUAUUGGUGUCUUUUUUGGUGCUUCUCCUUUUCACCUCAAGCCAAUUGAAGAUAUGAAUAUAUGGAGGGAUAAGAGUGCGGCAUGGCCAGUAACCAAUCCUGUUAUCACUUGUGCUUCAGCUUCUGCGACUGGGAUUUCCAGUAAUUUUGUUGCUGACCCCUUCCUUUAUAUUCAGGGAGAUGUCUUUUACGUGUUCUUUGAAACAAAGAAUUCAAUCACAAUGCAAGGGGAUAUCGGAGUUGCGAGAAGUACCGACAAGGGAGCAUCAUGGGAGCAGUUAGGCAUUGCUUUGGAUGAAGCCUGGCAUCUGUCCUAUCCGUAUGUCUUUGAAUAUAAUGGCAAUAUAUAUAUGCUGCCGGAGAGCAGAGCAAAAGGACAACUUCGUCUUUAUCGAGCUGUAAAUUUUCCGCUGGAAUGGACACUGGAAAAGAUCAUGAUGAAAAAGCCUCUUGUUGAUUCAUUCAUCAUUCCACAUGAUGGAAAAUACUGGCUAUUUGGUUCAGAUCGUAGUGGUAUCAGCUCAGACUUUAAUGCUAAGUUGGAAAUAUGGUACAGUAGUUCACCGCUUGGUCCUUGGAAACCACAUAAGAAAAAUCCCAUCUAUAACACAGAUAAAAGCAUGGGAGCCCGAAACGGAGGUAGACCAUUUUUAUACGAUGGUUCUCUUUAUCGUGUUGGCCAAGACGAUGGUGAAACAUACGGGCGGAGGAUACGUCUCUUCAAAAUGGAAGUUUUGACCACUGAUGAUUUCAAAGAAGUUGAAGUUCAAUUGGGCCUUAAAGAGUCGAUUAAGGGAAGAAACGCCUGGAAUGGUGUCCGCAGCCAUCACCUUGAUGUGCAACAAUUAAGCUCUGGAGAGUGGGUUGGAGUUAUGGAUGGGGAUCGAGUGCCUUCGGGAGAUGCAAGUCGCCGGUUUCAUUUAGGUUGUGCAUCAGUCUUAGGUGUUGCAGCCUUGGUUAUACUGUUCGGUGUGUCACUUGGAGCUGUUAAAGGUUUAGUUCCCCUAAGUUGGUGCCCGCAUAACGUCGGAAAGAGGAGCGAUGCAUCAUUGGAUUGGGAACAGUCGAGCUUGUUCUAUUCUCGAAUGAGACUCUUCUGCAGCCACUUGAAUAGAGCAAGCUUAUUACUCCGUGCCCGAAUAAAACCAAACACGUGUAGUGGAAGCUUGGUUCUUACCUUAAUAUUUUUCGUAGCAGUAGUCUUAAUGUGUACUGGAGUUAAAUACAUAUAUGGAGGUAGCGGCGCGCAUGAAGCUUACCCAUUACACGGUCAGUACUCUCAGUUCACUUUAUUAACAAUGACCUACGAUGCUCGGAUCUGGAAUCUGAAAAUGUAUGUUCAGCAUUACUCAAGAUGUUCUUCAGUGCGUGAAAUCGUUGUCGUCUGGAACAAAGGACAACCUCCCGAAUUGAGUGAAUUCGAUUCUGCAGUGCCAGUAAGGAUUCGAGUAGAGGAAAGAAACUCGCUGAACAAUCGCUUCAAGGUUGAUCCUUCCAUAAAGACAAGAGCAGUUCUUGAGCUUGACGAUGACAUUAUGAUGCCUUGUGAUGACGUUGAACGAGGAUUUAAGGUAUGGCGUGAGCAUCCUGAACGAAUCGUAGGUUUUUACCCUCGACUAGCAAAUGGUAACCCGUUGAAGUACAGGGCUGAGAAACACGCUCGGAAGCACAAUGGAUAUAACAUGAUUCUGACUGGAGCAGCCUUUAUGGACAGCAAAAAGGCUUUCGAACUGUACUGGAGCAAAACGGCAGCAGCAGGUAGAGAAGUAGUAGACAGUCUUUUCAACUGCGAAGAUGUACUGUUAAACUACUUAUACGCAAACGCAAGCUCUUCAAGUACAGUCGAAUACGUGAAACCAGCGUGGGCAAUCGAUACUUCAAAGUUCACUGGUGUCGCGAUUAGCAAGAAUACACAGAUUCAUUAUGGCCUUCGGAGCAAGUGCCUUCAAAAGUUCUCUGAAAUGUACGGUAGCAUAACCAACCGGAAGUCAGAAUUUAAUCAUCGGAUGGAUGGUUGGGACGUAUAGACAGAAGAGAAUUCAAUUCUAACAUCAGAUUGAAGUUAGCAUUUAGAAUUGGAUUGGAUUUCUUCUUGUUAUAGUUUUGGUUUGGUGAUUUGUAAGUUUUGUCAGUGUUAAGUGUAUGUUAGUUUUUAGAUGCAUAUGUUGAUAUUUUCACUUAAAUUUCUUGUUAAAAUGCACAUAUUUGAUAGUUGAUUGCCACUCUUGUAAGAAUUGAUGUACUUUCACCAAAAUGUUUCUAAUAUAUUCCAUCAUUUUCAUGAA